AUGGAGCUUUCGGUCGUCAGCCCCGUAUCAGUCUAUGGCCCGAUCCUUAGUGCGAACUUCGCUACGAGCAUAAUAGUCAUUAGUCGGUUGAUGAAUGGCGGCAUGCCAGGUCUACCACGUCUAAGCUGGAACAUUGUCGACGUGCGCGACGUCGCCGACCUUCAUCUCCGCGCCAUGACUUCCCCGCACGCAGCUGGACAGCGUUAUAUAGCCAAUUCUGGAGGCCCAGUGACCAUGCUCGACAUUUCAACCGUGUUGAGGAAGCGACUCGGAGACAGAGCUCACAAUGUGCCCUCUCGCGUGCUACCAGAUAUUCUGUUCAGGGUGGUGAGCUGGUUCGACCCUAGUGUCGCUCUUAUCGUUCCUGAGCUCGGCAAGUCGAAGGUGACGACAAGCGAGAAAGCGAUCAAAGGGCUCGGGUGGGAGGCAAGGAGCUCUGAAGAGGCUAUAGUGGCUCCAGCGGAGAGUCUGGAGAGAUUCGGGCUGGUGAAGAAGUAA